GGCAGUCUUCACUCAGGUCCACUGGAGGAAGCUACGCACACAGGUACAGGUGAGAGGUAACAGGUGAGGAGAAAAGCACAGUAUGAGCUGGAGCCCUCAGGUGGCACCAUGUACGUGAGUUACCUGUUGGAGAAGGACGGCAGCAUGUACCCGAACUCAGGGAGACACCCCGGCCUCAACCUGAACCCUCAGACCUUUGUUUCCGCUCCUCCUCCUCCUCCCCCACCUCCGCCUGCGCCUCAGUACUCGGACUUCACCGGAUACCAUCAUCAUCAUCAUCAUCAUGUGCCAGGUAUGAGUGGUGAGGCUCAGACUGGUACCUGGAGCCCAGGUUACCCCACGCGAGAGGACUGGGCGCCCUACAGUGCAGGACCUGCCCCACCUGCCCCGAACCCUGGACACCUGGCUUUCAGCCCACCUGAGUUUUCCCCAGUGCAGCCCCCUGGGCUUCUGCCCCCCACAGUGGGGCAGCUUUCCCCCAGCGCCCCCCGCAGGAACCCCUACGAAUGGAUGAGACGGAACACAGCGCCUCCUAACCCAGGUGGAAAGACCAGAACCAAAGAUAAGUACCGGGUGGUCUACACGGACCAUCAGCGUCUGGAGCUGGAGAAGGAGUUCCACUACAGCAAAUACAUCACCAUCAGGAGGAAAGCAGAACUGGCCACAGCGCUCAGCCUUUCAGAGAGACAGGUGAAGAUUUGGUUUCAGAACCGAAGAGCCAAAGAGAGGAAGAUCAAUAAAAAGAAGCUCCAGCAGCCUCAGGCAGCGUCCACCACCACCCCCACCCCCCCCAGCUCAGCCAUCCCCAGCAACGCAGCUAUGGUAACCAGCAGCAGCGGCGGCCUCGUGUCGUCCUCAAUGCCAAUGACUAUCAAAGAGGAGUACUGAGAGAAGAGCAAGUUUUAAAGCGAUAGUUCUGGAAAAUUCCUCUAGUUUCCCCCUUUUCUUUAAAUUAACUGGAUCAGCCAAAACAUGUUUGGUGUCUAAAGGUUGCUUCUUCAGUUUUAGCACUGGAGCUAUGUGGCUAAUGUAGCUAACAAGUAAUGGAAUACCCCACCAAUUAUCGUGGUGCUAACUGCAUGCCUAAAUCAUCACAGACUCGCUUGAGACAUGUUAGUGAAGUUGACUUCCUAUUUGCCAGCUUCUUUUUUAAAAUUUCCAUUCUACCUUAAAUGGCACAGCAGUCACAUUGAGUGUGUAUGCAUGCACUUAAUAAUCCGAUAACUGCAGAAAAUCAGAUUUUGUCAGUAAUCCGAUCAACGCGUUUACAUGCGCUUGAAUAGUCAGAUAAUGGGGAAACUCCAGGUCCACAUGAUUCUGGCAGUAAUCAGGUUUCUACUUCACAACGAGCCAAUAAACUCACAGAAGAAGACGCGACAUAAACAUAACACUCAAACUUCAUCCCGUGGCUUUGUUUUUUAUUAAACAUCACGCCACCUUACCUGAAAAUAUGAACAUACAUCAUCUAGAAGAUAAAGAAUAUUUAAAUCCUUUAUUUCGUGUUUGGUUUCAGUGCCUCUCCAACACUGUUCUGCUGCGUCUCACGAUAUCCACCGUCUGUUCUUGCGCAUGCUCAGACUGAGAAAUCCGAAAGAAAUCAGAGUAAGAGUUUACAUGCACUGAGAAAUCUGACCACUGAGCUAAAAUCCAGCUCUCUUUAUCAGAUUUCU